UCAAACACGCGACGUUUCUAGCGCUGCCCAUGAAACAUCGGAUAAACCGAUUCAGUUGUUGUUCGAUUUUCGCUGUGCGUUGCUGCUCGUCGCUGCGUGAGUUUGUGCGUGUGUGAGUGCGCGUGUGUGCGAGGAGGCAAAGAAGAGGAAGCAAGAAGGAAGCCGCAAAAGGAAAAGCCAAUUCCGAGAAAUCUUAUCAAUGAGCCAAGAAGACGGACACUAAAUGGAAAAUAAUCGAGAUGCGUGUGUUGCAGUAGAGCGAAUUUAGUUUCUAGUUUCGGUUUCUGUCGGCACUCCGCUCCGUUUCCUUAUCGGUGUGAUAGUUCAGCGCGUGCGUGUGUGUGUGUGCGUGUGCAAGUGUGUGGAAGUGUCGCCACGCCUACACGGGAAAUGGCAGCAACGGUUUACCAACGCCUACAUAGCGUCGCAGUCGGCGUCGGCAGCGCCGCUGGCAGCGCCAUCGGCAGCGGGUCGGCUUCGUUUCCAGGAUCUGGAUCUGGAGCGGGAUCGGGAUCGGGAUCUGGAAUAGGCAACUCUGGAAACACCUCCUCCUCCACCUCGUCCGCCCUGCUCAGCCACUCCCAGCUGACGCGCUCCCUGGAACGAAUCCUGGAAGAGGCGCACUUCAGCGGCGAACUGAUCCUGACCAAUCGCAAGCUGAAGGACUUUCCCAGGACUGGAACGAAGUACUCUCUUACCGACACCGUCAUCGCAGAUCUUUCCCGGAACAGAUUCGCCGAGCUGCCCGAGGAAGUGACUACCUUUGCCUUCCUGGAGACCCUGCUACUGUAUCACAAUACGAUUCGCAGCAUUCCGGAGUCGGUGAAGCAGCUAUCAUCGCUAACCUAUUUGGAUUUGCGCAGCAAUCAGUUGUCCUCGCUGCCCCGGGAGAUUUGUUUCCUGCCUCUUCAGGUUCUGCUGGUUUCCAACAAUCGAUUGUCUUCGUUACCAGAUGAACUGGGUCGAUUGGAUCAGACACUGACCGAUCUGGAUGCUUCGUAUAACCAGUUGGCCAAUCUGCCCGCUCGUCUGGGGGAGCUUAGAUCUCUGCGUUCGCUUUCGUUGAGGAGCAAUCACUUGCUGUAUCUGCCCAGGGAGCUUACCUGCUUGAGUUUGAUUUCACUGGACGUGAGCAACAACAAGAUCGCUAGUCUGCCACUCGAGAUUCGUCACAUGAGCACUUUGGUAGAGCUUCAGCUAGAGAACAAUCCUCUGACCUCGCCUCCAGCUAGUCUUUGCAUGCGCGGACUGGUGCACGUGUUCAAGUUUUUGGAAACGCAGGCCACGAAGGACGAGAAGGGAUCCCGGUCAGGUGGCAACUAUGAUGGAUACACCACAUUGCGAAGAGCCCCGCGGCACAAUUCCAGCGGCAAUGUCCUCGAAGCUAGCACCACUGGCAGCACUAACAACCAGCGGAGACAUCAAGUCGACUCGGGAUAUAACACCAGCGAUGGUUUGGACAAGCGCUGGUCGCACGAUGCUCCUACUAAAUCGAAAACGGACUCACCGCUGCACUGCGUUUCCAAUUCGGCGGCUGCCACUUUGCCGAGGACGCUGCCAAGUGCGGUUCAUUCGCAAGCGGAUCUAAUGGACGCAUCCCUUACCUCCAGCACUAGUACCAUUGUGGAUGAGAGUCUCACUUUGAGUCCCACAGCAUCGCCCUGCAAGUUGAGCUAUGCACACUCGAAUAGCUCCAGUAAUGGAUCGUCGCCAGAUCAGGACGACGACAUAAUGCUGGACCACCAGGAGCGAACUGUUCACCACGCUAAUGGCAAGUCCGGAAAAGCGCUUGGCAAUAUUCAGACCUACAAGGAGUACAAGGAGGCCCUGAAGCAGCAGCGAAACCAAGAGAUCAGCGUGUAUAAGCAAAAGCACCCGAAUGCCAACCACAGUCCCAAUGACGACGAAGAUCUUUCUCCGUCACCGCCGGCCAUCUCAAACGGAUCUUCCUCGAACACACUGCCAAAGUCUAUUAUGAAACAGAAUAGCAACCAAAUUGGCCACAAUGGGAAUGGAAAUGGAAGCGCAAACGGAAAUGGAGUCGAUGAUGUUGUUAUACCAAAGAAACCCAUCCAGAAGGUGAUUCCCUCUCGGAUUACAGAAAUAAAGCCAGCAUCCACAUCCGGCAUUCCCUCCGCAAACUCAUCGGAUUGCUUGGGCUACGUUAAGCCACAGAGUCCCAUGAAGAACGGCACAAGCAAAUUUAAUACGUCCAAUGGUGGAGGAGUGCCACCAACAGUGGGAAUCGCCAGUAGCACCACCAUCAAAUCACCAGUGAGCUCCACCACCAAACUUGGCACAGUCAAGACACAUCGCUCGGUGACCUGGAACCAUGACAUCCCCGCGGAGAAGCUGAGCUUCACCAUGCGCCGGGAGUUUGAUCGCCAAAGGGAGGAAACCGAAUUGAUGUCGCAGCUGAGAACUAUCAUUGAAACGCGUCUGAAGAUGACGUUGCCUGUGGAUAUAGCCUCUGCCCUGACGGAUGGUGUUAUUCUGUGCCAUUUGGCCAACUAUGUGCGUCCGCGAUCGGUGGCCAGCAUUCAUGUGCCAUCUCCCGGUGUCAACAAGUUGACAAUGGCCAGGUGCCGGCGGAAUGUGGAUAAUUUUCUGGAGGCGUGUCGACGCAUUGGCGUAGAUGAGGAGUUGAUUUGCUCCUGUGAAGAUGUUGUGCCACAAAUUGAACCGCAACAACCACAAUUGCCCCGUGCUGACGAUGACUAUGAUGCUGAUGUUUAUGUCCAAGAUGAUGGCAGCAUCAGCAGCAGCAAUGACAGCAGCCACAUGCAAUGCAGCGACGAUUGCAACAGCAGCAGCAACCAUGUUAAUAGAGUGCCCAAUGCAUUGGCCCUACUGCGCACAGUGUCCGCUCUGAUUGCCAUGGAUGAAAAUCCGUAUCAUCAGCAGCUUCAUCAUCAUCUUCAGCUGGAGCAGCAACACUUCGAGCAAGAGCAAUUCAGUGAGCCAACUACCUGCAGCCAACAGCAAGAACAGAUGUUGCAGUUGCAGCAGCAACAGCAGCAGCUAGAGCAUGUUUUGUAUGAGAAUGGCCAGCCAAGGGCUGAAAAUGAUGAUGGGGUUGAGGAUCGUGAUGAUGAUAUAGGCAAGCGGCAGCAGCAACUAGCGACUGUGGGUCAAAUGCUGCUGAAGGCCAAGCAAAAAACAUAUGAAAAAAUAAAACACAAUCUGCUCAGUGCCCAUGGUCAGCAUAACUUCCAGGGCAACAAUAACAAUAGAAUGUUGCACACGAUUGUGGAGAAUGAGCACGAUGUGGCCGCUGCAGGACCGGCGGGUCAUUAUCAAAUAAUAGACGAAAAGCAAGAGGAACCGCAUCAGCAAAAGUCAGAGGACCCAAAGGAUGCAGUCGCACUGGGCAACGCAACCAAGGAAGCCAUCAGCAAGCGGAUCGAGUUCUUCGAGCAGCAAAAGAGUGGGAAACAAAAGCUGGAGGUCUUCAGCAUCUACUUACCCAAGGAGAAAACCAAGGAACUGGAGCUGGAGCAGAAAAUAAAAGCAAAAACCAUCGAAGCUGGAUCUUCAAUAUUAAAGCACGAUUCCCACACAUUGACAGUGAUCCUGUCAUGCGUUUUCAUCGCCACCUUCCUCUGGCUGAAUCUAAUUUGCUGCGCUGCCGACGUGCUGGAGGGAAAAGGUGCCGUCCAAGUGGCCAUUACGGUUGGUGAGCUUUUCCGGCUUCAUGGAAAUGGUGGCUGCGGCAGUGGCAACAGCAGUGGAGCCGCCACGCCCACGAAGUCGCCCACCAGAACGACACGUGCCACAAUGUCGCCAACGCCAUUGGCUUAGGAUCGGUGGAAGCAGGACGUGGAUGUGGAAUCGGGACUCUAGGAUAUUCCUGAUAUUCUGGAUGAGUUCGCGAAAUGGGUUUCCUAAUGGCCGCCAUAUACACACUUACAUAAAGUACAUGCCAAAUGUAUGAUUUGUUGAUACCUAUAUGUCACUCAUUUUUCUAGGUUCGUAGUUCAUUUAUGUAGAUACACAACAACACUCACAAG